UUAUCGGCACAUGCGAAACGGCCACCUUAUGGGAGCGCGGCUUCUGUAAAAACAAUAAUAUUAAAUUUGCUUUAGAUUUCGAGGAAUUGUGCACUUAUUUCGAAAAUGGAGGUGAUAAAACGUGGAUUUAUCCGCGCUUGUAAGAACCACAGCUACCUCAGCUACGAGGGGAUCGACGAAAUCCUGACCCCGCUCUGCGCCACCCACAAAGUGUCGAAGCCUGCCAGCAAGGAAGCGAUAAAAGCAUUUGUGAAUGAAAUAAACGACUCUAUUCGGGACCUGGGCCAAUCGCUCGUCUUUAUCAAGUACCCGCUUAUGGGUAAGGAGUAUCUGGUGUACGCCAAGACAGACGCCACGCCCGACAGCAUUGCGAACACUGGUCUGACGGCAGAGGAGUGCCGGUAUUUCUCCAAACUGCUAGACAAGAUAGCUACCUCGGACGACUCCCGCAUUCCGUGGAACUUUGCCUACAACGAACUAUUAUUGGAAGGCCUGGUAAAACCGCCAAAGAAGAGCCGCAUGCAGCAACUGCUCCAGAAAUGGAGCCAGAUGGGCUAUUUCCUGGACAAGGACGACUACAUCUACCUGGGGCCACGAAGCCUCGUGGAACUGAGCUUCUACCUCACCUCCAGCUACUCGGAGCAUAUAAAGAACUGCACCCUUUGCAAGGGCUUGGUGCUUUGGGACAUCAGAUGCGGUUCCUGCCAGAUCCAGUUUCAUCGCGAUUGCAUCCACACCUACUUACAGAAGCGCGAUAUUUGUCCGUCUUGCGGUAGUCUGUGGACAACGCCACUAAGGCGAUCCACCAGCUCAGCCUCAUCCUAGCUACUUUUUAUAAAUGUAAACAAUUGAAGUAUGUAUAACCUAUGCCUAAGUAUUAACAUAUAUUUAAAAUUGACAGAAUUACAUUCACGUGCGCCAUAAAAAAGUUGUUAAAGUAUAAAUAUAAAAUAUAAAAUAAGGAUUUGUAGCAUUCAGGCAGAUAUGGCUAGAUUGACUCGGCUCUUGAUGCUGAUCAAUAAUAUAUUUAACCUUCAAGGGUAUAGAAUGAAAUCAACUAUACUAUUUUUUGAUAUAUUUUUAAAAUGAAA